AGCCAUUGCAUAUACGAUAGAUAGUGAUGUCCUUCUUGAAGAGUAUCAGUGGACUUAUACGUCCAUUAAAUGGACAGGGUAGCAUUCUCCACACCUCAUCAUUAAACAACAUUACUCAAAUCCGUACUGCCACCAAGAAGGUUUCUGGUUCGAAGACUAACAAAAAUGAUUCGGCUGGUAGAAGAUUAGGGCCCAAAGCAUACGAAGGUCACUACGUUCAACCUGGUCAAAUCAUCAUGAGACAAAGAGGUACCAAAAUACAUCCGGGCGAGAAUGUCAAGAUAGGUGUUGAUCACACAAUCUAUGCUGUGGAACCAGGAUACGUCAGAUUCUACUACAACCCAUUUCACCCAUUAAGAAAGUACGUCGGUGUUGCCUUAAAGCAAGAGUUGAAAUUACCUACUCCUCACUUCUCCCCAAGAGUAAGAAGAUUCGGGUAUGUUGAACUUACUGAUCCCGUGAAGGCUCAACAAGAAGAAGACAGAAUGUCUAGAAAAGAGUACGAAGCUCAAUCAGAGCUUACAAACGAGUUCUUGAAGUCCGAAGAAUACAGACAAAACGUUACUAAAGAAUUUGCACAAUCUUUGAAGGAUGAGUUUAGCAUAGAUUUGGAUGAGAACAAGUUGCAAGUUGUUGCUCACAGAUUUUACGAGAUUUCACAAUUAGUGAAAAACGGCUUGAGCUUAGAGGAAGCCAAGGUCCAAGCAUCCUACAACCAUAUCUACAAUAUAGAACUUGCUGCCAGAAGGGGCGAAGUCUCGAAUUUUGAAGAAGCUAAGAAAGAAAACUUGAGUGUAUUCAACGAUAUCGAUAACAAAGUUCAAUUGGACGCCCAGGGCCGUCUUUGCAAGUACUUGAAUGCUCAAGAAAGAGAGUCUCUUCAACAAGAAAUCUCAACCAAGUUAGCGCCAUUUGCUAACCGUAUUCUUUCUAAAGAAGAUAAGAAAACAGUCACUAACUUGAUUGAAACUCCCGGUGCUUACACCACCAGUGAGCAAAGCUUGCUUAGAGAACAGUACUUACCAGAAAUUGUUCCAUGGACUGUGCCAGGCUCAGUUAUUGAAAAUAUCGACCCUGAGAACCCACCAAAAGACGUGGUUGUACAAAGAGUAUUCGAUGGUAAGACCAGAUCCACUAAGGUCAUCGGUAGACCAAGAGAUAUUGUCGCCUAGACUAUGGGCUCAAUGUAAGCAUCACAACUGGUCUUCAGUAGUCUCUAAAUAGCUUGUAUAUAUUACGAAAUUAUAGUGAAAUAUCUAUC